UAUCUUUCAGUGUGCACUAUUGUUACCAAGAAGGCAAGAAAUACACAAACAAACAUUGCAAUUGAGAGAUGGCUUUUGUUGCUUUAACUUCUCUCAUCGAAACCAUUGAGCUUCAGUUUCUGCGAUCCACCCCAAGGGUGUCUCUCCAUGAUCGAGCACCAAUCAAAUCUUUGUUUGAAAACCUUUCUUCUUUGCAAGCAUUUCUCCAGAAGGAAUCCAAUGGUGAUGAUGAUGGUGCAGUCCGACUCAGAGAUUUGGAAAUCCAAAUCAGAGACUUUGCGCUCAAAGCUGAAGACGACAUCGAAAUACAACUCAGUAACAUCCUUCUCGCUCAUCUUGAAGACAAAGAGUAUCGAGAAAAAGCUUCCCACGAACUCCAUCAAACUUUGCGAGAAGCCGCAAAAAAUUCAAUAGAGCUGUUGAAGAUUAUAGCCACAGAAAAAGAGUGGUGUGUUAGUGAGACAGAGAUGGCUAUUAUUGCUUUAACUAUUCUCAUCACAAAAUUUAAGCAUCACUUUCUGCAACCCUUCCCAACGGUGCAUCUUGGUGAUGAAGAAGCACUAGCAGUAACUGGAUCUUUCUUAGAAAAGCUUUCUUCUCUCCGAGCCUGCUUAUUGCCGGGGAAAUCCAUUGGUGGCGCUGCAAUCGAAAUCAGAAACUUCGCACUCAAAGCUGAAAAUGACAUCGAAAUACAGCUAAGCAACUUUCUUCAAGCCAAACACACUGAGCAUGAAGAAGAAGAAGCUUCCCAGCAACUCCGUCAAACCUUGCAAGAAGCAGCCGAAAUUACAGCAGAGUUGUUGGGGAAUAUCUACAUAGAAGAACAGCAUGAGAAAGAGAGGGAGACCGCUUGUGAUAUUUUAACUAAUCUCAUGUCAAGAGUUAGUAAGUAUGAGGACGAUGAUUUUGAUAAACCGGGAAACAAAUUGGAUUUAUUGGUAAAGCUUUCUUCUUUGAAGAGCUACUUACUAUUCAAGAAGUCUAAUGGUUGUGCUACAAUCAAUGAUUUCGAAACCAAAAUCAGAAUCUUCGCACUCAAAGCUGCAGAAGACAAACAAACCUGGGAAAAAGUAACCGAAAAUGCAAACGAGUUGUUGCUUAUGUUGUUAAUGAGUGGAAAAGAGACAGAGAUUGCUUAUGUUGCUUUAAGUUAUCUCAUGGGAACAAUUGAAGAGUUUCAUGAUUAUGAAGAGUUUCUAUCUGAUGUUGGAAAGGAAUCUUUCCUUGAAAAGAUUUCUUCUUUGCAAGCCUUUUUGCGAAAGGAAUCCAGUGGAGGUGCUGUAAUGAAAGAUUUGGAAACUAAAAUCAAAGACUUUGCGCUCAAAGCUAAAGAGGACAUCCAAAUACAAGUAAACCAUUUUCUUCAGGCCAAGUACACUGUGUGUGAACAAAAAGUUACCCAGGAAUCCCGUCAUACCAUGCUAGAAGCAGCAGAAAGCUCAGCAGAGCUGCUGAAGAUAAUCAAUGAAGUUGAUGUGUAUAAACAAAAAGUUACCCAGGAACUCCGUCAUACCAUGCUAGAAGCAGCAGAAAGCUCAGGGUUGCUGAAGAUAUUCAAUGAAGUUGAUGUGUAUGAACAAAAAGUUACCCAGGAACCCCGUCAUACCAUGCUAGAAGCAGCAAAAAGCUCAGGGGAGUUGCUGAAGAUAAUCAAUGAAGUUGAUGUGUAUGAACAAAAAGUUACCCAGGAACUCCGUCAUACCAUGCUAGAAGCAGCAGAAAGCGCAGCAGAGUUGCUGAAGAUAAUCAAUGAAGUUGAAGAUGCAAAUAAAAUUCAACCAUCACAUACUUGGUUAAAACAUGGUACUGCUUCCAAGUCUGCCAAUGUUGACUCUGAUGGAUCCUCACAUUGCUUUCUAAAGCCUGAAGGCAGAAUGGUUGGUCGUCACCAUGAUUGUACAGUGAUAAAGGACCAACUCUUUUCUUCCUGUUCUGCAGUACCAAAGAUAAUCUCAAUUGUUGGAAUGGUGGGCAUUGGAAAGACUACUCUCGCAAGAAAUGUCUAUGAAGAUCCAGCCGUUGCAUCCCAUUUCGAUUUAAGAGGUUGGGUUACUAUACCUCAACACUACAAUAAGAGCCGAAUGCUAAGCAGCCUUCUUCAGUCAAUUACGCCAGAGGAGCUAAAUGUAAUUAAAAAGGGAAGCACUCCACAUGAACUAGAAAUGCAGGUACGCAAAUGCUUACGUGGUAGGAAGUAUCUAAUUGUUUUGGACAACAUUAUGAGCAAUCAAGCUUGGACUGACAUCACACAGUGUGUUCCUAAUGACAUAGCUGGAAUUUGCAUAUUACUAACCACUAGCUACUUCAACCGAUAUAUCUCCUGGAACAACUAUAUCCAUAACAUGACUUUGCUAGAUCCAAACGAAAGCUGGGAACUAUUUGGUAAUAUCCUUUCUAUUGAAGAGCACUUGGCCCUUAAAUUUGAAAAAAUUAGGAACCGUGUUGUGGAGAAAUGUGAUGGAUUACCACAGUUAAUUGUUGAAGUUGCCAAGCGUUUAUCUAAAUGCAAUAACAUACAACAAGGGUGGAAGAAGAUUGAAAAGGAAUUAGAGUCAUUGGGAAUUCUAGAUCGCAAUGCAAUUGCUGUCAGUUACAAUCCGUUGCCACAUCAUUUGAAAGUUUGCUUUCUAUAUUUUGGAGUCUUCCCAAAACGUAAUAAAAUUCUGGUUCCAAUGCUUAUAAGGUUGUGGAUUGCUGAGGGAUUUGUGAUGAAUCCAUUGGAACAUAAGGAGUUAGAGGAUCAAGCUUAUGAGUAUUUACUAGAGCUAAUUGAUAGAAGCCUUAUCUUAAUUGAAAAUCGAAGUUUUGAUGGAAAAAUCAAGACUUGUAGAAUGCACAGUGCCAUGCAUAGCUUCUGUGUAGGAGAAGCUCAGAAAGAAGGUAUUUUAUGUGCAGUAAAUACUCAACAACAUUUAGGAUUGUCAUUAGAUGCAUUUACAAAUUCGUGUCGUUGGCUAAGUUUAUAUCCACACAGUUUUGACUAUUAUGUGAUCUUUGGUACAAAUAUCCCUCGCUCCAUUUUCUUCUUUCAUAAAAGUCAUAAAUGGUUUGUUCCUCUAAAGUUGUUAAGAGUUUUGGCUUUUGAUACUUCUAUUUUCCUUCAAAAAUUGCCAUUGCAUUUAGGAGAUUUAGUUUUCCUCAGAUACCUUUCCAUAACACAAUGGUUUCAGGAAUUGGAUGAUGUAAUGUCCAAUAAUCCAAAUUUACAAACACUUGUUGUUUCUGGUAAUGGAGCACCAACUGUCCAUUUACCAUCCAGUAUUUGGAAGCCACCACACUUAAGGCAUCUCAAAAUUGGAAAUUUGUAUAUGGUAUAUCCUCCCCACAUGGAUAAAAAGAAUUUACAGACAUUAUCUUGGGUGGUGAGACCAAUUCAUUGCAGAAAAGAGGUGUACAACAAGUUCCCUGACAUAAAAAAGCUGAAAAUUUUCCUGAAGGAUGACAUAGAGCCCAGUCACAUUGGAGGGUGUUGCAGGAAUCCUAUUAUUUUGGAUCAUUUUGACUAUUUGAAACGGCUUGAGAAGCUUAGCAUUUCGGUUUCUAUUGGUUGCAGUGCAGCCCUUCCAGAACAGUGUAUGUAUCCUUCAGGAUUGAAGAAGUUGAAGCUGAGUGGGACUAAUAUUUCUGAGAAGGAUUUAAAUGUAAUUGCCAUGUUACCCAGGCUUAUGGUGCUCAAGUUGGAAAAUGCCUUCCAUGGAACAGUAUGGAACGCAGUAGCUAAUGGAGGGUUUCCUUUAUUAAUAUUCUUGCUCCUUGAAGCUAAAGAACUCGAGCAAUGGGUAGUUAGCUUUCAUGACUUUCCGAUGCUCAGGCACUUAGUCUUAAGAUCCUGUAAUUGUUUAGAACAGGUGCCAAUGCGUUUUUCAUGGCUGAAGUCAAUUGAGUUGGAGGGGUGUCGCUCUUCCCUUGUGGCUUCUGCCAAGCAGUUACAACAGAUGAGAAGAUCCAUGCAUUUUAAGGAUGAUCUUGAGAUCAAAAUCCUUGGCCCUGAAUAUGAUGACUCACAGAAUACAUAUAGACAAGUGUCUAUGUAAGAUGACUUGGCCAACCUCAUAGUAAAAUAACAGUUAGAAAACGAGUAUCCUGAAGUUGCUAAUAGGUGGUACUGAAACAUGGGCUCAAGAGCUUUCUUGUUGGAAAGACGGUGGAUAACUUUUUAUUACCAAACAUUGUGAAGGAGAAGAAGAUUCAUUACAUUAAUAUUGGGGUAUAACUUUUCUAUUGUCUUUUGAGGAAAUCAUGUUGGUAACUGGGGCAAGAUUGAUUUGUCAAUUGAAUACCUUUUUGAAAUUUUUUCAAACUGGAAGCUACUAGUGGUCAAGUAUUGAAGAUCUAGAGGCAUUUUGUAAGGCAUUAAACCAAAGAUUUUACAGUGAUCCUGGUUUCAAAGAGAAUGCUUUCAAAUCCUGUAGUCAGUCUUCAGGCGAUGGUGAUUUCCCAUGUCUUGAGUGGUGUCUUGAGAUGUUAUUGUUUCGAAAAGUUCCCUUGGUAUUUAACAGAAAAAUUGAACUUGCGGUCAAUUAAGUUAGAUUGGCGCGGUCCUUCUCUUGUUGCUUCAGCUAAGCAGAUUCAAUACUGGCAAGUUGAAAUGGGAAACUGCAGUUUUGAGAAGAGUCUGCACAAGACAACUUGGUCAGGCUCGUAGUGAAGUAACAGUUAUUUUAAAAUGAUAAUUGAAGGUUACAAACGAAUUGGUUCCUCAUGACUUCAUCAACUGAUCUUCAAUUCAAAAUUGAGUUCGUUCUCUCCAUUUUCCAUGGGUCAAAAUUGAUGGGCCUAAAUUUGAGGAAUCAUCGUAUCCAGUUGAAGAAGAGGACUUAGCUGAGAUCACAGUGAAUUAACUACUGUUAAAAAUUGGUACACAGAUAUUGAAUGGCACCUUCAAUUUUGAUCAGAUGCUAAAUGACAAGGCUCAAGAGUUUCCUUUCAAAUGGACAAUGGUCAAUUUUUCCUCACCAGACAUAGCAAAGGAGAUACAUGUUGGUGCAGUAAUUUAAUAUAAGCAGGAUAGUUUGGAGAGUUUGAAAAGGUUUACAAGUGAAUUCGAGAACGCCUUAUGUGAAAAAGCGAUGGUGAUUUCCCACGUCUCAGGUGGUUAGUCUUGAGAUGUUAUUAGUUGGAAAAGUUCCCUUGGUGUUCAACAAAAAAAAAAAUUGAACCUGCGGUGAAUUAAGUUGGAUUGGUGUGGCACUUCCUUUGUUGCUUUUGCUAAGCAGAUUCAAGACUGGGCAAGUUGAAAUGGGAAACUGAAAAUUUGAGAUCAAAAUCCCUGAAUAUGAUGAAUCACAAAUAGAAGACGAUUUGAUCAUGCUUGCAGUGAAUUAACAGUUAUUUUAAAAUGGUGUUUGAGGCUGCAUUUGUCUUUGUAUCUGCAAUUACCAUACAUCUGCAUGCCAAAUGAAAUGAAAUGGUGUUGCUGUCUUGUUCAGAUAAUUAAAAGUUACAAAUGAAUUGGUUCCUCAUCAACUGAUCUUCAAUUCAAAACUCAAGUUUCUUGUUUGAUGCUUUUCUCCCCUUGUAAGGUCAUUAAAGAUGACUUAGGGCCCAAUUUCACCAAUGGAUGGUGCAGUAUUAAUCCCAUGAUUUUGGAUAAUCCCUCUGUAACUCUUCAAAUUGGUCUAUGUUUCUUUCCUACGGAAGAAGUUGAGAUUGAGUGGGCUUAAUCUAUCCCUCUGAGAGGCAUUUAACAGCUUAAAGGUGCUCAAGCUAGAAAGCGCCUUCCAUUUAAAAGUGCUUUUGUCUGAGAUUCUGUUAUUGUCGCGAAGAGAUUCCUAAGAGUUCUGUAGAUAUUUUCAAGCUGCAGUCAGUUGAGUUGGACCAGUGUCGCCCUUCCGUUGUCACUGCUCCAAGCAUAUUCGAGAAGGGCUACAUCCAUUACAAAGAAGAAUGUUUGAGAUCAAAACCAUCAGUCUUGAAUAUGAGGGAUCACCUUAUCCACAUGUAGAAGACGACUUGACCGAGCUCACAGUGAAUUUACUGCUGUUUGAAAAAUGGCUAUACUGUCCAUUUGCCAUCACAAAUUAUACACGGUAAAUCCUCUAAGCAGGGAAAAAUGAAAUUUGGGAACACUACUUGGGUGACUCCAACUCAAGGAGAAUUCUGUAGACUAAGAUUUUUGCUUCUUGAAACUAAUAAACUUGAGCAUUGGGCAGAUAAUGUUAAGUUGAAUCAGUGUAGCACUUCAAUUGUUGCUAAGCACAUUCGAGACUGACAAGUUGAAACGACAUUUUGAGGAUGGCCGGAAGUGUGCCCUUGGGAAUUUCCACCAUUCCCACUGUGAGGAUUACGACUAACAAGAGCACUACCAGGUGGGAUGGGAAUUUCGGGUAUAUUGGAUUGCUCGGAUCGAAGCAAGCAUGGGAUGACACCAGCUAGGGUAGGGAUUUCAGAGUUACUAAGAAUUGUGGACUUAGCUGUGUCAAACUCAGAAGGAAGACCUGUCAAAAAACUCAUAACAGCCAAUUGUUCUCGUUGCUUUUGUUGCUCUUUAAUGUCAUUAGUGAAUGACAUGGAGCUUAUUAAGUGCCUCAUAUGUUCUCUUAAAUUCCAUAAAGUAAGCAGUGACAGACAAAUUGUGCUUCUCGGCAUGGUAAAAAGACUUGCAAACAUCA